AUGAGUGAUCUCAAAAACUAUGUUUGGAAAGCAUACCAAUACACUCCAUCAUCUGUUGCUGCUAUUGUUGCAUGUACCCUCUUCGGAAUCGCUACUGCCAUUUGCUUGGGCCAAAUGAUCAGAGCUCUCAUAAAGACUCUGAAUGACAGCCAUGACAAGAGACAAGUAUUGACGCAUAUUCCCUUUGUUAUGGGGGGCCUUUGUGAAGUCGUUGGCUACAUAGCCCGUAUUCUGUCCAGCAAAAAUCCCACAUCUUUAGGCCCUUUUAUUGUCCAAUCAAUUUUGCUAUUGGUUGCUCCCGCCUUGUUUGCAGCCACAAUUUACAUGACCUUAGGUCGUAUAAUCGGCGACUUGCGGUGUGACAACUUAUCAAUUAUUCCCUUGCGGUGGCUCACCAAAAUCUUUGUUAUGGGAGAUGUUGCGUCUUUUCUUUUGCAAGGCUCUGGUGGAGGACUCCAAGGUGGAGGCACUCUCAACUUGCUUCACUUGGGGGAAAAAAUGAUCAUUGUAGGCUUGUUCGUUCAAAUUGCAGUUUUCGGAUUUUUCAUCGUGGUGAUGUCAAUAUUUCAAUUCAGGGUCGUCAAAAAUCCUAGUGUCACUUCCAUGGAGACUAGACAUGUACCCUCUAGAUUUAGAAACUGGCAGACGAUCAUCAUUACUCUUUUAGCCUGCUCCUUGUUGAUCUUUAUAAGAUCUAUUGUGCGUGUUAUUGAGUACAUUCAAGGCAAUUCAGGUACUAUCAUCUCCCAUGAGAUAUACCUCUAUAUCUUCGAUGGACUCAUGAUGUUCUUGAACAUGGUGGUUUUCGUGCUGCAGGAUAUUGGAGCUUACUACGGCCAAUUCUCCUCUUACAUGAAACAGUAUAAGAAUUAUGAAUUCGAAUUACACACGAGGGAGGAAUUCUACAGUCCAAUUGUACCUUCAAGCCUCGGAAAUGUCGCGUUAUAUUCGAAGUCCGGGAGUUUAUCUUGA